AUGAACACCAAAGCAGCUUCUGAACGUUAUCAAAGACAGGUACAAGAUAUAUCAAAACAACCAGGUAAUAAUACAUGCGCAGAUUGUAAUGGAAGGUAUCCAAGAUGGGCAAGUUGGAGUUUAGGAAUAUUCUUGUGUAUGAAUUGUGCGGGCGUUCAUCGAAAGAUGGGAACGCAUAUAAGUAAAGUGAAAUCAUUAACGCUUGAUACAUGGUCGAAAGAACAAGUUGAACGAAUGCGGGAGAAUGGAAAUGUAAAAUCAAAU